UCCUGUAGAUGCGUCAUGAUUCUUCUCACUUUACUUUUUAAUUUCUUACACAGGGAUGGGGAUCUUGAGAGUUUACGCCAGGAAGUCAGUGAAUUACGGACCUCUUUGAAAGAAGAAAAAUGGUAUGCUACUGAGUUGAAGAAGGAAGUGGACAGAUUAAAGUCUGGGGAAGAGCCUAUGUUAAUAGAUGAUACAGAUUUGUUCAAAGAGCAAUUGAAAAAGUCAGAGGAGAGCAGGUCACUCUUAUCUUCUGAGGUUGUACUUUUAAGACAAGAUUUAGCAGAAUCCAAACAAACAGCAGCUAAUUAUAAGACCAUCAAAGAUGCAAUGGAGCAAAAGGCUGCUAGUUUGGCAGCUGAUAUUGCUACAAUACGAGCAGAGCUAGAUGAAGAGAAAGGACAUCAUUUAGCUCUCAAAGAAACCUUGCAACACACUCAAUUUGAGAUGAGGGACAGGGAAAAUCAAAUCAAGGUAUUGGAAUCACAAGCAUUACAAAGAACUGCUGAUGAUGACAUCCUAGUUUUAAAGAAAGAGUUGGUUAGUAUACAAACUUUGAUGGACCAGAUGAGUCUUGAAGCUGAAGCAGAAAAGAAGGAGCUAGAGAAACAGUGUGGUGAACUCAAAACAAGGAAUGAAGAGGCAGAUGCUAAGAUUAAGAAUUUACAGACAGAGAUAGAGAGUGCUCCUAAAAAGGAAGAAGUUUUAAAAUUGCAGUCCAGUAUCAAUGAGACAUCGUCCAGUAGUCAAGCCUUACAACAACAGCUCAAAGAAACUACAGAGAUGAAUAAUAGCUUACAACUCAAACUCACUGAGGUACAGGGACAUUUAAGAGAAACAGAGGUUUUAAAGGAGAAAGUACAACAGGAGCUAGACUUCACCCGCCAGCAGUUCCAGCGAGAUAUAAGCACAAAAGACAACCAAAGUUCUGAUCUACAGAUACAAAUGUCAAAGGCCAGUGAUAAGCUACAGGAAUUGGAAGUUGCCAAUCAGAAGCUGAAGCAAGAACUUGAAUUUAGUGAGCAGCAACAUCAGCAUCAACUCACCAGCAAAGAGAAUCAAAAUACAGAGUUACAACAGCAGGUAGACAAGCUCCAAGCAUCCAUCGAUGACAGAGACGGUGAGAUGGAAAGACUCCGGAAAAAUUUAUCUGAGAGUAGACUAUCUGGUGAAGAUCAAAUCAGACAGACUGAACAAAGGCUAACAUCUCUCAAACUAGAGCAUAGUAAAAUUGAGGAAGCUUUGAAAGAACAACAGGGUUUAGUGAAUUCUCUACAACAGCAGCUUGAUACAACCAAACACCAGUAUGAAGAAGAGAGUAACCGUAGUGAUGACCUGGGGUCCCAACUAAGAGACAAAGAGGCCCUAUUAGAGGAAAAUACAAGAAAUCUUUCAGAAAGAGAUGUUAAAAUAUCAGAUUUGGAGAGUGCAAUUCGGAAGCAAAAAGAGGUUAAUGACAAAAUGGAAGCAGAGAAAACAGAUCUUAUAUCACAGAUUCAGGCAGGAGAAGGGGUUGAAACUGUCAUUCAGCAACUUAAAGAAGAAGUAGAUGCUUUCCAAAAGGAAGUAUCUGAUUUGAAUGCAAGUAAAGAAACACAGGCUGAGGAACAUCAUGAGAAAACUGAACAGCUUUAUAAACAGCUCAAAGAGACCAAGAAUCAACUUGAAUCUGAGAAAUCCAAACUAGAAAGGACAGAGGCAAAUCUUGCUGAUACAACCAGUAAGUUUGCAAGCACGCAGGAAAAACUCGUUGCUACAGAAGCCGAAGUCAAAUCAAAAAAUGAAUUAUUACAUGCUGCUGAAGCGUCCCUUGCUACCCAGAGAGCUGAUCUUGAGAGUCAUCUUAGAACAUCACAAACAGCUCUUGAAGAUAAACAGAAAGAUAUGGAUAGGAUCCAACAACUACUCCAACAGACCAAGGAAGAAUUAACUUCAUCAAAGGACCAGGUCAAAGGUCUUGAAACACAGAUACAAGAGGUCAAAGGUGAACUGACCAACAGCCAACAUCAAUACUCCUUAUUACAAACAGAUCUGAAGAAUAAGGACAGCCAGAUGUCAUCAAUUGAAGCUUCUAAAGAUGCGCAGAAAGUAGAGAUGGAUGAGAAGAUAACUAAUAUUCAAGCAGUGGUCACUGAGAGACAAAAAGCUCUUGAUCUUAUCACUGAACAAUUUCAAAAGACAUUCAAAGAUCUGACAUCAUGUGAGUCUAAGCUAGCUCAGACAGAAGCUUCUCUUCAAAGCACUCAGGAUCAAUUAGCUUCCACCAACAGCAGUUUAGCUAAAACAAAAGAAGAACUGUGCUCCACCAUGGAAAGCCUGGAGUCUAAGUCUACUGAGUUAUCAGACCUCAAAACAAAUAGUGAAAAGUCGAUUGGUGAAAGCAAAGCCACAAUAUCAAGAUUACAGCAGGAGAGAGAGGAGGUAGCAUCAAAACUUAAUUCCUCUAAUGCACAACUUCAAAAUCAGUUAACAGUGGUGAUGGAAGAAAAGAAUAAUCUUCAAGAAACUUUGAAUUCUCGAGACACUACUCUGCAAGACAAGGAACAGAUCAUCAAACAACAAGAAGAACAACAUGCACAAGAAAAGACCAAGUUCACAGAAGAGAUGACUAACAAGCUGACUUGUGAGCAAGCUAAAGUCUCAGAGUUAACCACUGUUCUUGAUGCUACUCAGAUGCAGCUUGUUGAAGCUAAGGCUGGAUUAGCAGAGAAGACACAAUCAGAGUUAGUUUUGACAGAUAGAGUAUCAGAGCUUGAAGCAAGCCGAGUCUCACUCCAUGCCGAUCUUACUGCUGAACAAAAGAAGACUGCUAGUUUGAAGAAACAAACAGAGCUUCAAGAUGGUACACUUGCAGAUAAUAUUGCCAAGUGUGAGCACCUGGAACAGCAGAUCAUCACCAAGGAUAACAUACAGAAAGAUAUGCAACAGAAGAUUGAGAUAUUAGAGAAAGAUUUGGCAAAGGAAUGUGAACUAUGUAGGAAUUAUGAAAUUCAAGUGGUUAAACUGGAAUCCAAGAUCAAGGAGCAUGGUGAUAAAUCUAGUGCUCUUCAGACAGAGGUUGAGAGUCUUCAUACAUCACUUACUAAGAUAGAAGAAGACAUAGAAGUUGUUAAAGGCAGUGAGGCUUCUCUUUUAUGCAGUGUCAAAGGCUUGCAAGAGAUAAAAAGCUCCUUAGAUCACAAAGUCACUUCACUAGAAAAUACACUGCAAGAUAAAGAGAAAUCAUUUAGUGAAGAAAAGGCUACUCUUACAUCUAGCUUAGAGGAAGAGAGAAACACUGUGAGAGAACUGAGAGAGAGUCGAGAUGGUUUCCAGUCAGAACUAGAACAAACAAAGACUUUACUUCAAACAGAGAAAUCAGAAAGAGAAAAGGAAGUAAGCUCUCUACAAGAUGCUAGACAACUACUGAUCACUCAGAAGCUAGAACUACAAUCUCAGCUGACAGAGAAAGAUAAUGAGCUAUCUACUGCCCUUGCUGAUCAUGAAGAAACUAAACAAGUAUCUAAGAAGGUUCAAAAUAUGCUACGGGAGGAGAGUGCUGCCUUACAAAGCAAACUGGCAAGUGAAACACAAGCCAAGGUAGAAGCACAAGAAGAACGAGAGCGUGAAGAGCAACGUUACACUAUGCAGCUAAGCGCCCUCAAUGAGAACCUAGGUACAUUACGUAGUGACAUGAUGCAUGCUGAUACACGCUGCAAAGAACUAGAGAAAUCUGUAGAAGACAUGAAAGGAGAAAAACAUGUUAUGGAGGCUACAAUUCAGAAUAGUCAAGAUGAAAGGAGAGCCCUGCUGGAAAGGUGCUUGACAAAUGAGAAGGAUGUUGAGAAGCUUCAAGCAAAGAAUGCUGAAUUAAGAAGAAAGCUUGAUGAUGCACAGGCAGCGAUGCAUGAGCUUGGUCGAGAAAAUCAAGCUCUUCAAAUCACUCAGACCAAAGCAAUCGGAAGGAAAUGGGCUGAUGAUAAGGAGGUUCUUAACUGCAUGGCCUGUAGCAAAUCUUUCUCACUAUCUGUUAGAAAGCACCACUGUCGGAACUGUGGUGACAUCUUCUGUCAAGAAUGUUCAAGUAAAAACACCAUGAUUGCAUCAGCUAAGAAACCUGUCAGGGUUUGUGAUACUUGCUACGUCGAACUCAACAAAUGAAGCCUCCAUCAAUACUGCUUAAAAGAAUCUUCUGCAUGACUGCGUAGUGUUUAAUAUGGGAAAAAACUUUUCCAGAUUAAUUUCAUUUACAUUGUUCUUUCAUUAAGGAGCAGAGAGUCAGAUCUAUGUCUGAAAGGAAAGCAGACUGAUACUGUUUUAUGCUGCACAUUGCUUAUGUACUGUGUUUUAUGGUGCCCAUUAUCUAUGAGUUUCUUGAUCACCUUAUAGGGUAAUGUGAUCACUUCUGUAUAUGACUUCUUUGACUCCAUUGGCGAUCUUUAAGACACAUUAUAUGUUUACAGGUCAGAUUAAUGUUAUUUCUUGUGAGCCUUUCCAAGAUGAAGAAUGGGUAAUCCAAACAUUGUGAUCUUUUGUAUAUGUUAACUACUUUAUCCACCAAGGAUGACAGUUCUGAUGUAUAACAAAACUUUCUGAAACAAACUGAUUUUUUUUUCAACCCACCAUGAACUCGUCCCUAAUUUAUAUUCAUUGAACUAAAUUUUUAACAGUAAAAAAAAAUUGUUACUUUUACAAGCUACUGCAAUGUAGCAUUUGAUUGCUACAUUGAUCAGCUGGUAAUAAAUGUAUCUUUUGAAUUAAGCAUUUUUGUCAUGCCUCCACCCUCACCCUAUGUAGGUGGUGGUUUGAGGUAACAUAUUUUUGAGCCGUCAGUGUCCAUCCAUCCCAUUAUUGUUCUUGCUAUUCAUUAAAGAAACCAAUAGAUCAACUUCAAACUUGGUCCAAGUAUACAUAUCGGAUUGGCAGUGAUCAUCUGUACAUUUUUUGCUAAUAUGAAAGAAUCAUUCUGAUUAGUUUCUGCUCAGUAUUUUUAACAAGUCUUGGGGGGGGCUGGGUUCACUGCAUUUCAAGAGUUGAUGGACAGUAUCCACAAGAAUUGUCCUAAAAAAGCACCCUAUCUGAAGAUUUAAGGGAAGGCCAUCAGGACACCCUAAUCACAAAUUUUGUGCAUGUGUCCCAGAUUUGCCCACCUGCACACCCUAAACAGUGAUUCCAUUAAUUGUUAAAAUAAUUGAUACCUGAAGGAUGUUCCACAGUUAAAGUGAAAUUAAUGUCAUUUUCAACAAACUUUGCACGUAGAUACUUUAGCACCUGAAUAUUCCAAAUAUGCAAAAAUUAGCAUGGGUCCAUGUGCUUGAUUUUUUGCUAUAGAGCUUAAAAGUUCACCCAAAUGGAUGUUCUUAAGACUUGAGCAUUAAAAAAAAUUGGCGAUUUUAGAGCUCAGAAGAUCGCUACAAUGAGUUUAAACCUCUAUUACUCAGUCAAAAUCCAUGAAAAUUACAUCACAUUUUGCAAUAUUGUUAAUAAUUGUAUCCUUAAGAUGGAGAAUCUAUUAAUAUUGCUAUUUGUUUGCUCUUUUAAGUCUAACAGCGCUGUCACUUCUUAAAAAUGGUGUGAAACAAAAACCCACUCUCAAAACUGAAAUUUUAGUAACAAACUUGAGAAGUACUAUGAAUGCUGCGCUUUAUUCAAAACCCUUGUCAUUUUCACAAAACUUUGCAAAAUUGUAGAGGAAUUUAUACCUAAGAGGUGCAAACAUUAAGAAGUAGGGGUUCAUGUGCUUGUUUUCAAACUUUCAACACUUUUAUUAGAGCAAAUGUGCUUUUUAAAACACAAAAAAAAAAUGCACCAAAUGCUUUGUAUCUAAGUGAGGAAAUAUUCCAAACCACUCUACCAUUUAUUCAAACUCGGGUCAUAUUCAUCAUACAGCACUGCAGAGUAAAGUAUUUUGAAAUUGUAGAGGUAUUUUUAAGAAAUGGACCAUGGAAUAAUUCCAGUUUAUUAGCUUCAUAAAAUUACACAUUGGAUCUGCGGUUAGAAUGCAGAUAAAGAGAAAAAUCAGCUCAUACCUAGCUGAUUAAUCACCUGUUCAUUGUGACGUCAGCACGCAAAGUGUAAAAUAUGUGCAGAUCAUGAUGCGCACAAACAUAACUAUGGAACAUCCUUAAAUCAGUAUAUUCCCAUUUUUGUGAUUUUUUGUGAAUAACAUUAAUUUAUGCAUUUAUGAUGUACUCUUAGUUAAAUGAAUGUAUUUUAAUUGGAGAGAAAAAUUAUUUUGUUGCCAUAAGCUUGAGAGAAGGAACACAUGUGUGAUUGAAUGCCAAGUUUUUAAAGUGCUAAAAAAUCAUUUUAUAUCCAAAAUAUUUUCCAAAAAUUAAACUCAAGAUUUUGAAUGAAAUAGAUUUAAGUGGUGACCUUGAACCUCUGUCACCUUGCUAUUAUAGAGGGCUUUUAUAGAGUGACAUCUUACUUUCUUGUCUUUCAAAAGAUUAUUGAAAUUUAUUUUAACAUCAAAAUGAAAUGUGAAACUUUUCAGUUUAGAUGGCAAAUCUAUUUGAAUACCAGUAAUGAAAAAAAAAAUGUAUUUGUCUAAAUUAAUUCUACAAUGUCUAAAAAAAAAUUCAUCACACCAAGGUUAGAAGUGUAUUCAUGUUCAGUAAUACUUGGUGCAACUAUUUCAAUUGUUGAAUGCUAUAUCAAGAAUCUGUAUUGGAAACACCCCUUCAUGAUGGCUUCAUCUGUUUGGAUAUUUAUUUGUAUUUCUCUAUGGAAGUGUAAAUUUAUAUUUGCCAGAAGAAAACUAUUUUCUUUUCUUUAUUUGCGAUACAAUGUAUUAUUAUUCAUGUUUAUUUUGUUGAUAUUUAGUCUCAUCAUCAUAAUAAUUUUUUGUUGGCCUUAAUAUCAAAAUGCAAUUAUAAUUCUUUGGUUUGUAUAUUUUUUUUUUUUUUUGAUGUGCUUAAUUUGAAAAAAGAAUAUUUUGAGCUUUAAAAUUAUUAGUUAUGUUCACUUUUCAUUCCUUUGUUAAACCACCAGACAUUUUACCUUUUCUGUUCACUAUAUAUGUGUAUUUUAAGGUCGGGGUCAUAUGAAUUUAAUAUUCAAUCGACCAAUCAAAUAUCACUAUAAAGUAAAUUCAUUGAAUUUAUAUUUCAUUUUUAUAUACUCUAUAUUUCUCAAAUAAAAGCCAGAUAUGAUGUGUAGAUUCUUAUGGAUUUCUUAUUGAAGGGAAGUUGUUUCAUUGCAAUACUGAAAUUCUAAUUUUUCAUUGUUGUAAAGAUAUCAAUUUAUUUAUUUAAAUUUCUUGUAAAAAUAGAGGAAAUGGGUUGUUUUAUUGUCUAAUAUUUUGUUCUUGUUUUAUUGACAUUCCAUUAAUCAAGAUGAAUUAUUCACAUAGUUAUGUGAUUAUUUCUGACAUGUUUAGGCUAUGAAUUAUCAUUUCCAUUGUUUAUUUGAAAUUAUAUUAUUUUAUUAGGUUAAGGAUGUGAUACUAGUAUAUUACAUUGUCAUAUGCACAUACAACCAUUUUCUUUCCACAUUAUAUUUUGUUCAUAUCCGUUUCAAGUCAGAAAACAUGUCAUUCUUGUAAUUAAGAUCACAGAAGUAGGUUUCCAAACAGUUAAUGCACUGACAGAAAAUUGAAUGUAUGGAAGUUUCCUUCAACCUACUCUCUAUACUCUACAGGGCGAUAUAAUUGUAGUUUAAUCAAAUGAAAAUAGUUUCAAAUUAUAGAGUCAUUAGGCAAGUAGUUUUUAUAUCAUUCCCACUAAUUGUAGCCUUGACCAUGUUGUUUAAUCAAGACCCUAACAUUUAUAUCUAAAAAUCGUUUGGGAUCAUUCUUAUCGAUUUCAUAAAAGUGAAAAACAGAUGUUUUGUUAAUGAUGUGACAGCUAGCUACCACCAUGUCAAGUGAAUGAUCGACUACUCCCACUGUCUAAUCUGUAUGCAAGGUGAUACCUUAAGGUCCCUCAUAAGUACUGAUCAAGGUUCUCAUCAUUCUAAAUGUGAAAAAUAACUGCCAUUUAUUUAUCGAAAGUAAACCAAAUGUAAUAAAAAGGACAAAUAAAUGUGUUUAUUAUUUUCAGUUGUUCAUGUGUACCAAAUUAAGGGAGACUUUACUGCCUAUUCCUGAAAUUUGAAAUGCAAAAAUCUCCAUAUAUGCCAGUGGGUGUAAGGGUAUUAUAUAAAUUCAUUUUGCACAUUUCAAUUCCUUCCAGACUAUGUAUGUAUCGUAUAUAUGUAAUUUCAAAGGUGCACCAUAAGAAAAUAAACUAAAUGCAAGUUGUGUGAAUUGGGGUAUGUUCCUGUAUUGCAAAACAAACAUUAUUCAGUCAUAACUCCAAAAUCCAAACUAAACUUGAUUUAAACCACACAGAAUCAUGAAUUUAUGAUUUGCAUCUCAUUUUCAAAGUUACAAUUAAGCAAAAAUAAUUUUACUUACAGGCCCUGUUCACUUUACAAAAUGUAAAUCCCUUGUGUAUCCUUUCCAUGUCUGACUAAUUAUCUGAAUUUAAAUUAUUUACUGUUUUUCUGUGUCACGAACCCCUUUGCUGACUUACAUUGGUACGUUAGUGAAAAUGAAGAAAUAAAUUUUGUAGAAAUUGUGUUUAGUGGCAAUUUAGUUAGUUGCUGUUGUCUGUCUUGACCUAAUGAAAUAUGUCUCGAAUCAAUUAUAAUCCAUCUUGCUUCCAUACUGGUUUUAAAAAGUCAGAUUAACAGUUUUAAUGAUAUAGAUUCGGACUUGAAAUGAAUUUCUUUUAGAAAUUAUCUAGUUUCAUUGCAUUACUACGAUAGUAUACAUAGGAAUGUUUUGUAAAAUAUUUACUGAUAGAUUCAGUAGUUAUGAUUAGAAGUAAAGCAAUGUCUAUAUUUAAAUAAAUCUAAUAAAAAUAUCAAACUUGCC